AUGCUGUUUGCAACAUCACUGGCAAGUUUUUGGACACUCGGGUUGUUGCAAAGCUUUGGGAUUUGGCAACGACACUAUGGUAGUCAAAUGGCAGUAGACGACGGAGUCAUUCAACAAGGCGACAUGAUCAAGAGGCCAAUAAUAUCCGCCAUUGGAUCGCUUGGAAACGGAGGCAUCUUUGCUGCAUUCGGACUCUUGUACUUUCCACACCUACCAAGUUUCGGCCAACACAUAAGAGACCUGUGUCUUUUGGGGACCUUCUUCAUGACGCUAGGCUUCGGGCUGGCCUCCAUCAGCACGCAUCUUUGGAUGAUGGUUCUGACACAAGGGAUCCUCGUUGGGGUCGGAGGCGGCAUUUUCCUCUAUACCUUGGCGCCGAUUCUACCAGAAUAUUUUGUCAAGCAUAGUGGUCUGGCACAAGGAAUAGCUCUAGCAAGUGGGUCGGCAGGUGGGAGCGUUCUUUCCCUGUCCGUACCAGUAAUGCUCGACCAUCUAGGAAGCCAGGCCACGCUCAGUUUGUUGGGGUCUAUCAGCCUUGCAAUCUGCUCCGCCGUAUCGUUUCUAGCUCAACCGCCACGCCAGAUAAAGGACCGAAAUAAUACGAUGGUCUGCUGGAAGACGUUCAAAGACCCCAUAUUCACAUGUCUCUUCAUAGCGAACUUCUUGCAUGCAUUGACUCUCCUCAACCCCAUAACGUUUGGCCCUGAGUUUAGCGAGGCGCUGGGGCUCAGCAACAGAACGGGAUCGAUAAUACUGGCAAUUAUGAGCGCAGUCGGAAUUCCUGCCCGACUGAUAACGGGGUAUGUGGCAGACGUCGUGGGACACCAGAACAUGCUUCUGCUUGCAGUAUUUACUUAUGCAGUAAGUGUAUGGGGUUUCUGGUUCUCAGCAGCGGCUGUCAAGAGUGAAGCUCUCUGGAUCGUGUUUAGCAUCUUGUACGGUGCUAUAAACGGUACAUUCAACAUGAUAGUCAACUCGGCACAGAAGAGACUCUUCGGAGAUGAACUUUACUACUCAUACAACGGGGCGAUGACAUCGAUACGCGGGAUCGGAUUUGCUAUCAGCCCCCCCAUUGUGGGGUCGCUGGUGACGCGAGUGCAGAACGACGAGUUGGAUACUCCCGCUUUCAUCAAGCCAAUUUCGUACACUGGCACCUUGCUGGUGCUUUUGGUCGGGUGCGUUGCAAGUGUGCGUGCUUUGGACGCGUCGAAGCGGGGUUGGGAGUGGAUCCGAUGA